AUUUUCCUUCCUAUAAAACCAUCUCACCCUCAAACAUCUUUCCACCACAACACUCUUCUUCAUAUUCCUUUUCUACAACAACUUCUGCAAACUACUAAUUAAUACUUUGAAACUUAUUGCAUCAAGAUCAAGAUGGUAAGUGUAUCCGAAAUUCGCAAGGCUCAAAGGGCAGAAGGCCCUGCAACUAUAUUGGCCAUUGGCACUGCUAAUCCAGCUAACUGUGUUGAACAAAGCACAUAUCCUGAUUUCUACUUUAGAAUCACAAACAGUGAGCACAAAACCGAACUCAAACAGAAAUUCCAGCGCAUGUGCGAUAAAUCCAUGAUCAAGAGGAGAUACAUGUAUCUAACAGAAGAGAUUUUGAAAGAAAAUCCUAGUGUUUGUGAAUACAUGGCCCCUUCAUUGGAUGCUAGGCAAGACAUGGUGGUGGUAGAGGUACCUAGACUAGGGAAAGAAGCUGCUGUCAAAGCUAUAAAGGAAUGGGGACAACCAAAGUCAAAGAUUACUCACUUAAUCUUUUGCACUACAAGUGGUGUAGACAUGCCAGGAGCUGAUUAUCAACUCACCAAACUGUUAGGUCUUCGCCCGUAUGUCAAAAGGUAUAUGAUGUACCAACAAGGAUGCUUUGCAGGUGGCACGGUGCUUCGUUUGGCCAAGGAUUUGGCCGAGAAUAAUAAAGGCGCUCGUGUGCUGAUUGUUUGUUCUGAAGUCACUGCAGUCACAUUCCGUGGUCCAAGCGAUACUCAUUUGGAUAGUCUUGUCGGACAAGCAUUAUUUGGAGACGGAGCUGCUGCACUUAUUGUUGGUUCUGAUCCAGUACCAGAAAUUGAGAAACCUAUAUUUGAGAUGGUUUGGACUGCACAAACAAUUGCUCCAGAUAGCGAAGGAGCCAUAGAUGGACACCUUCGUGAAGCAGGGCUAACAUUUCACCUUCUUAAAGAUGUUCCCGCGAUUGUCUCAAAGAACAUUGGUAAAGCAUUAGUUGAGGCUUUCCAACCAUUGGGAAUUUCCGAUUACAACUCAAUCUUUUGGAUUGCACACCCUGGUGGACCAGCAAUUCUCGAUCAAGUAGAGCAAAAGUUAGCCUUGAAACCUGAAAAGAUGAAGGCUACUAGAGAAGUUCUUAGUGAGUAUGGAAAUAUGUCAAGUGCAUGUGUUUUGUUUAUCUUAGAUGAAAUGAGAAAGAAAUCUAUUCAAAAUGGACUAAAGACAACAGGAGAAGGACUUGAAUGGGGUGUGCUAUUUGGCUUUGGACCUGGACUUACCAUUGAAACUGUUGUUUUGCGUAGUGUGGCUAUAUGAGAUGCUUAACUAUUUUAUUUUCAUGUAUUGCAUUCAAAUUUUCUUGAUUUUUAUGUCAGGAUGAAAAAAUCAUCCAAUGUUCCAAAUGUAACAUCAUAUUGAAAUAAUUUUUUUUAAUAAGCAAUUGAUUAUAACACACCGCACUAGGGGUGCAACCCUUACAACAAGAUCACACUAAGAAUUUUAUACAAGAUAAUGGCAAUUUAUACCAAUCAUAAAAGUUAAUCCGACUUGGAAGUUCCUUAUAACUAGCCCAUCUCCAUGAAAAAUACAAGAUAUUUGAUAUCACCUCAUCGAAGCUAAAGAUACCGUUA